GGUACCUCUCAUGGCCGACCGGACCUGAUUGUUGAAGCACUGCGAGACAUCUCGAAGGGCGGAUAUCUCGGUUACCCUUCCGACUACAACACCCAGUAUAACAACUUGAGUCUAUUCCAUGUCAGCUGCUACACCACACCGCCCUCAACCUCUGCUGCGUUGAGCUUGCGUCACAAGAUAUCGGAACAGCGCAUCCGUUUCGAUGCUACCAAGAAGAAGAGAAUCCUUGGAGAGAUGCAGACCGCGACCGCUGUUUCUAGCCUUCCAGGUGGCGCCCCACUUUCAUCGUACGUCCCGCGCCGUCACGAGAUUCGACUUGUCCGAACCUUCCGGCGGUCUCGUUGCGCUGUGUAA